AUGUUGGAACUGAGGCUAGUACAGGGAAGCCUGUUGAAGAAGGUUCUGGAUUCCAUAAAGGACCUUGUGAACGAUGCGAAUUUUGAUUGCUCGGCGACUGGUUUUUCUCUGCAGGCGAUGGACAGCAGCCACGUGGCGCUGGUGGCGCUGCUCCUCAGAUCCGAGGGAUUCGAGCAUUACCGAUGUGACAGGAACCUUUCCAUGGGGAUAAAUCUUGGUAAUAUGGCUAAGAUGCUCAAGUGUGCCGGAAAUGAUGACAUCAUCACUAUUAAGGCCGACGACGGCAGUGAUACUGUCACUUUCAUGUUUGAAAGCCCCACGCAAGAUAAGAUUUCAGAUUUUGAGAUGAAGCUUAUGGACAUAGACAGUGAGCAUCUUGGAAUUCCUGAGGCCGAGUACCAUGCUAUAGUUAGGAUGCCUUCAUCUGAGUUUGCGAGAAUUUGUAAAGAUCUGAGCAGUAUUGGUGACACAGUGUUGAUAUCCGUGACAAAGGAAGGUGUGAAAUUCUCAACAAGAGGUGACAUUGGAACUGCAAAUGUUGUUUGUCGUCAAAAUACAACAGUGGACAAGCCGGAGGAUGCAACAAUCAUAGAGAUGAACGAGCCUGUAUCACUGACAUUUGCUCUGAGGUACUUGAACUCUUUCACCAAGGCAACUCCAUUAUCGAACAUGGUUACUAUCAGCUUGUCUUCAGAACUUCCAGUUGUAGUUGAGUACAAGAUUGCAGAGAUGGGUUAUAUCAGGUUCUACUUGGCACCCAAGAUAGAAGAGGAUGAUGAAGACCCUAAGCCUUGA